GUCAGAAUUUGCUUAGCUCAAUUUGUAAGGAGCUAGUAGUAGUAUGUAUGAUAGAGUAGGUGCUGCUGGUGGACCAACCACCACCAUAAAGUGGCCACCUCUACUAAAGAAUUUGGCUGCUGCUAUCAAUGUCUCAAUUUAUUCAAAAACAAGGACUUCACCCAACAUUCUUGACUUGUACAAAAUCUUUAUACAGUUCCCUCUACAGUUCUAAUAAGUUAAACCCAACUGUCUUCUCAUUUGUUAUUAAACCUCAAGCCUGUAAAAUUCUCCAAACAAAGCCAUUGAAUCAUCUUCAAGACUCAACUUUUUUCCAUUCCAAUUCCAGUCAAGGUAUGCUUGGGAAAGUUUUAGUUGUCUUGUUGGUUGCAGGUCUAGCAUGGGCAUUCGCGGCCCUCCAACCUCCACCUUCCAAAGUUUGUGGCUCUCCUGGUGGUCCAUUAAUUACUGGACCGAGAAUCAAACUUAGGGAUGGAAGACAUCUAGCUUAUAAGGAGCAUGGUGUUCCCAAAGAAACCGCCAAAUAUAAGGUCAUAUAUGCUCAUAGCUUUGGCUCUUGCAGAUAUGAUGCCGCUGUUGCACCUUUAGAAACACUUGAAGAAUUAGGGGCGUACGUUGUCUCUUUUGAUAGACCUGGUUAUGGGGAAAGCGAUCCUGAUCCAGAACGAACGAUAAAAACUACAGCUUUGGAUAUGGAAGAGCUCGCUGAUCAACUGGGACUUGGCCCUAAAUUUUAUGUUAUGGGGUUUUCCAUGGGUGGUCAUUCAGUUUGGGGUUGCCUUAAGUACAUCCCUAAUCAGUUGGCAGGAGUAGCUCUAGUUGCUCCCGUUGUCAAUUACUGGUGGCCUGGAUUUCCUGCUAAUUUGUCUACAGAAGGAUACAAUCUACAGCUCCCACAGGACCAAUGGGCGCUUCGAGUUGCACAUUAUGCACCUUGGCUAGUCUACUGGUGGAACACUCAGAAGUGGUUCCCAUGCAAUAGUGUUAUAGCUGAAAAACCAAAAAUGUCUCCCCCAGACUUAAAAGUUGCUUCCAGAUCUGCUGAGCACGCAAGCAAAAUUCAAAAACUUAAGGAAUAUGCUAUAAAACAAGGAGUAUACGAGUCCCUCCAUCGUGACAUGAUGGUGGGGUUCGGGAAAUGGGAUUUUGAUCCUAUGGAUAUUAAGAACCCUUUCCUAAAUGGUGAAGGCUCUGUCCACUUGUGGCAUGGUGUUGAAGACUGGGUUGUGCCUGUUAUAUUACAGCGCUACGUCGCACAAAGGCUUCCAUGGAUACAAUACCAUGAAGUACCAAAUGUUGGACAUCUUCUUAUUCAUGAUCGCGCCGUGAAGGAGGAUAUUUGGAAGACAUUCUUGACCAGAGAGAAACAGCAGAUGGUGCAUUCUUAAAUGGGAAGAAAGAGAUUUAGAGGUUCCUUUGUAAGAAGACAGAUUUUGUAUCUUUUACUGGCAUGAUCCUAUUGCAUAAAUAUUAAUCAAAUAUAAAGCUAGCUCGAAAGCUAGACUGCAAGUUUCGGAACA